AUGGCCGAGGAAUCAGACAAACCAUUGCUGGAUCCUGAUACUCUCAACAGAGAAGGAAUUGACUUGGGUCUGUUGCCAUUGGAGGAGGUUUUUGAAUACCUAAGAACAUCUCCACGGGGGCUUUUAUCUGGAGAUGCUGAAGAAAGAUUGACGAUAUUUGGUCCUAACAGCCUUGAAGAGAAACGGUCAGUGCUGACCGGAGAAUCGCUACCUGUGACCAAGAAGAAGGGUGAGCAAGUCUUCUCUGGCUCUACUUGUAAGCAAGGUGAGAUAGAAGCUGUUGUGAUAGCCACCGGUUCGAGCACUUUCUUUGGUAAAACAGCAUCUUUGGUGGACAGCACAGAUGCAACUGGACAUUUUCAGCAGGCACGUGCAAACAUUAAAGAAAUUCAUUUCUUGCCAUUCAAUCCUGUGGACAAACGUACAGCAAUAACAUAUAUUGACUCCGAUGGAAAAUGGUAUCGCGCUAGCAAAGGAGCUCCCGAACAGGUUCUAAGCUUGUGCCAGCAGAAAAAUGAGAUUGCGCAAAGAGUUUAUGCCAUCAUAAAUAGAUUUGCAGAAAAAGGUUUGAGGUCUCUUGCUGUUGCUUAUCAGGAAAUUCCAGAGAGAAGCAGCAACAGUCCUGGAGGACCAUGGUUGUUCUGUGGUCUGUUGCCACUGUUUGAUCCUCCAAGGCAUGACAGUGCUGAAACCAUACUGAGAGCUCUUAACCUUGGAGUUUGUGUUAAGAUGAUCACCGGUGAUCAGUUGGCGAUUGCAAAGGAGACAGGAAGGCGACUUGGGAUGGGAACCAAUAUGUAUCCUUCUUCCUCUUUGUUAGGCCACAACAACGAUGAUCACGAAGCCAUUCCAUUGGAUGAGCUUAUUGAAAUGGCAGAUGGAUUUGCUGGAGUGUUCCCUGAACACAAGUAUGAGAUUGUAAAGAUAUUACAAGAAAAGAAGCAUGUGGUUGGAAUGACCGGAGAUGGUGUGAAUGAUGCUCCUGCUCUGAAAAAGGCUGACAUUGGAAUAGCUGUCGCUGAUGCAACAGAUGCCGCAAGAAGUUCUGCUGACAUUGUACUAACUGAGCCUGGCUUAAGUGUAAUUAUCAGUGCUGUCUUGACCAGCAGAGCCAUUUUCCAGCGUAUGAAGAACUAUACAGUAUAUGCAGUCUCGAUCACCAUACGAAUAGUGCUCGGUUUUACACUUUUAGCGUUGAUAUGGGAAUACGACUUUCCACCUUUCAUGGUUUUGAUAAUCGCAAUACUCAAUGACGGGACCAUCAUGACUAUCUCUAAAGAUCGAGUAAGGCCAUCUCCUACACCCGAGAGUUGGAAGCUCAACCAGAUAUUUGCGACUGGAAUUGUCAUUGGAACAUACCUUGCAUUGGUCACUGUCCUAUUCUACUGGAUCAUUGUCUCUACCACCUUCUUCGAGAAACACUUCCAUGUAAAAUCAAUCGGCAACAACAGUGAACAAGUCUCAUCCGCUCUGUAUCUCCAAGUAAGCAUCAUCAGUCAAGCACUCAUAUUUGUAACACGUAGUCGAAGCUGGUCUUUUCUUGAACGUCCCGGGACUCUCCUGAUUUUCGCCUUCCUUGUUGCCCAACUUGCCGCUACAUUGAUUGCUGUCUAUGCCAACAUCAGCUUUGCUAACAUCACCGGCAUUGGAUGGGGAUGGGCAGGUGUUAUAUGGUUAUACAGUUUGAUUUUUUACAUACCUCUUGAUAUUAUAAAGUUCUUCUUCCACUACGCAUUGAGUGGAGAUGCUUGGAACCUUGUAUUUGACCGUAAGACAGCAUUUACUAAUAAGAAAGAUUAUAGAAAAGAUGACGGAGCGUCCAAUGUAACCAUCUCUCAGAGAAGUCACUCUGCAGAAGAACUCAGUGGAAGUCGUUCUCGCGCAUCUUGGAUCGCUGAGCAGACCAGAAGGCGUGCAGAAACCGCCAGGCUCUUGGAGGGACACUCGGUGUCAAGGCAUUUGGAAUCAGUAAUGAAGCUCAAACAAAUUGACCCCAAGAUGAUUCGUGCAGACACUGUCUAA